AUGCACGGCUAUGGCAGAUUCGCUGCGCUCUCCGAUUGGAAGGAUGAAGAAGAAGAGGAAAGGGAAGAAAGCAGAGAGGUUGUUUCUUCUUGGGGACAAUACGAAGCAUCCUCAUCAUCUGUCGACAGUUGGGACGUGAGAUCUGAGCUUAGCAUCGACAUCAGGCACCGCGAAACGACUAUGAAGCCCACUCUGCCAGGCUCGGAAGAUCCUGAUGACGAAGCCGCUUUUGUCAGUACAGCUCGAGCCAUCCGAGCCAUAUCCUGA